AUGCUCAACUAUUCCAGCUUCUACAGCAACUUCGGCGUGGAGGACAGCGCCGAUGAUGAUCCAUCGCUCCCUUGGGCGAGGUCGAGCAUGCCGCGUUCUUGCUGUACUGGCUAUGCGAACAAAGUCACCUUGGAGUUCGCCCACCAGGCCGACUAUCUCGCGCAGGGCGGAAGGCUAGCACUCGGCCCAUUUCUCCUUGGUCAUAUCUACCGCAUGCUUCAUGACGUCGUCACGGAUGGGAUGAAGCCGAAGCACGGUGGUCCACUAUGGGCCUUCCAGUUCUGGCUGCAAGCUUACUUCCCAGAGCUGAGGGGAGCGACCAAUAUUGCCGACAUCGAGCCGUUGGCCAACGCAUUCGCCCGGGCCCCCAGGAAGCAUAACACCUCGACUUUCUGCUAUAAAUUUUCUACGGCUUGGUCGAGAGGACCGGGUUGCAGUUCCGGUGUGCCUUGCUCAGCCGUACCCUUUGUUCCUGGCGCACGACCUCUCCGUGAUUCUUGA